AAUAGUGCUUUAAAAUGCAGCGCAUUCUCUUGGUCGUGUGAAAAGCCCAGGGUUGCAGCAUUGUUCGCUUUUCUUUUAUUACUACAACUCAUACAUAUAUACUUUUUUUUUUCUCAUUUAAGUAUUUCUGAGGCCAGUUGCAUGCAUUGUUUGUCUCCAAAAAUGGUUUGCGAGACUAAAAUCGUUGCAGAUGAACAUUCCAUACCGGGGACCAAAAAAGAUUCCAUUAUCGUGUCUGCUUCUCAAAUGUGGACUUCUUCGUCAUCAUCUCCGAACAGUCUCGAGGAAAACCUGAAGAAAGAUACCGUUUUUAUCCGCGAGUAUGAGCUCACUGACCACGAGGAUGUCCGCCGAAUCUUUUAUGAUGGGAUAAUGGAGAGAAUACCUAAUACGGCAUUUCGAGGGUUAAAACAACAAACCAAAAUGCAAAUUCUAUAUACAUGUAUAACAAUAAUGUGCUUUGUUGUGACCAAGUCUGUUGCGCUGACCUGCUGCACACCCGUCCUUCUAAUGGGCGCGAGGUACUACUUCAGUAGGAAGGUUAUCCACAGCUUUCUCGACUGCGCGCUACACACGGACAUGUCUGAUAUUGAGCAGUAUUACAUGAAACCCGCAGGCUCCUGCUUCUGGGUGGCAGUCCUGGAGGGCAAGGUUGUUGGUAUCGUGGCGGCGCAGGGCAACGAGGAGGACAACACGGUGGAGCUGCGGCGCAUGUCGGUGGACUCGCGCUACCGUGGCAAAGGCAUCGCAAAGACCCUGGGCCGCAAAGUGCUGGAGUUCGCCAUGCUCAACAACUACUCGGCCAUCGUUCUGGGCACCACUGCGGUCAAGCUGGCCGCCCACAAGCUGUACGAGUCCCUGGGCUUCAAGCAUAUGGGUGUCACAGAAGAGUACACCCUGCCGGGGAUGAGCCACUCCUUCGUGGAGAGAAUGUUUUUCCAGCUUCGCUACCACCGCUACCGCCUGCAGCUGCGCGAAGAAUAAAUACCCUUUUUUUGUCUCCCCAAACCCACCUCACUCCUAAACCACAACCCCCCAAAAUACACUUCUUGCUGUUUAUAUGAUUGUUGCGUUCGCCGAUCAACAUCAACCCUAACCUAGAACCCAACCCCAACUUUACUCACAUCCCAUGACCCCCCCCCCCCCCCCCACUCAUCCAUCUCUAAGUUGAAUUGGGUUGCACGGUACACAACGGAGAAUAGGAUUGCCCCACCCUUGCUGUAGGAAGGUGGUGCCACUGGUUUCAGCAGCACUUCGGCCCUCCUCGUGAUGUAUGAUAACUCGGUACUUCAGCAUGACUGAUUGGGUGCCGCUUAUUUGCCUGUCCCUUUGUUUAUGCCAUGCACAGGUACCUAUAUAGUUAAGCACAGCAACAUGAGUACAGUAGUAUUAACAACCUGUUAAAUUCAGUACAUUUCUGUUUCCUCUCUCACACCACCAAAAUAGAUUCAUGCAGUAAAAUAUAUAUUUUAAAAAUCCUUGUUUAUUAAUGUCAGUGUUUCAGGGCUUGCUGGUUGAUCAACUUUUUAUUUAUUUAUUUAUUUAUUUAUUUUUUAAUUAAUAUAAUUAAUUUAAGUUUUUAAUAUAAUUUCAAUUUUAAGUUUUGCACACACGCAUCACUGCCAACAAGGCAAUGAUGUUUUUGCACUUUUCUUCUGCCAAACUACUGAAAAUAAAAAUACAUAUAUAUAUAUAUAUAUAUAUAUAUAAAAAUAAUGACAAACUCAGUGUAUCCAAAAAAGCACCCCUUGAAUUCUCUCCAUUGCCAUUGUUUUUACAAGCCAGCAAGGGAGAGACAAUAAACCUCUGAGACUAUUUUGUUACAUAUUGUAAAAGAAAAGUAUAAACUUGAAAAAUAUGAAUUUCCUUGCCUUGUCUCUCAUGCGCAGUAAGCUGCAACCCUGGGCCAAACCUCUGCAUGUGCAUUGGAGUCUGCACUCUGCUGCUGUUUUAUCCCUUGCUUUAAUUCUUUGCUUGUGCUGAAUGAUGUCAUUGGAGCAGGCAGGUGGCUUCAGUUUCUGUGGUGACACAUUUACACAUUAAUGUGUGCAGCAUGCGUGCAGGGCCAAAACAGAGACGGAGAAGUGCUUGAUUUUCAGGAGGAAUAGAGCUUCAUUUAUUAGCUGCCUGUUAAUAGACACAAAAUAAUUAAAUACUAUCAGUAAAUGUGUAAACCUUCCUGGCUGCAGCCUUUGCUUGAAAAAACAACAAACUGCUUUAAUGACAUCACACCUUUUAAAUGUAGAGUGCAAAACUGGCAUGUGUCUGAAGCUGGAGUGUGUGUGUGGUUUAUUAAAAGCAAUGACGAGAGGAUGAAGAACUAGAAGAAAUAUAGAAGCCUUUUUUAAAAAUCCUAAAAUAUAAAAUUGUGUGUUAUGUGCUCAAAGAAAUAACUGUUUUGCAUGAAAUGUGUCUUUAGAGGGAAGAAAACAAAAACUAAUUUAAAAAAAAAAGCAAGUUGAAAUAAUGUAUUGAAUGCAAUUUAGUCAUGCUACUGUAGAGGUGGGGUGUGGGUGCGUACGGUGAAUGGAAAUUACACCAUAUCGUUUUGUACGUUUCCUUGUGAAUGAUAUGGGUGAAAUGGGAGGUACAUGGAAAUCCUUUCCUAGUCCUGGUACCUACAUGUGGUACACAUCAUUGAUAUGUGAACCACAUUCAGUACGCCAAAUCCACACAUGGUUUCUUUUUUGGUAAAGUCAUAAAUUAAUUGAAUUUAUUUACAUAUACGAACAAGAUUCUUCUAAGAAUGUGCCAUACGAAAUGUAACAACUGGAUUUAGUAGAUUUAAAAAAUAAUAAUAAUAAUCGCCCCAAUAUAUACCAAAAAAUCUUCAUUAAAGAAUCAACAACAGCAACAAAAAUACUGACACAUUUUCAUCACAGAUAUUGCUUAACAGAACUUCCCUUGCAGACGUAUUUAAUAUUGAACUGGUCUAAAGCACAGCGAGUUGGGCUACCAUACUGUAACUUCAAACAGAUUUUGUUUCCAAACUGCUGCAUUUCUCGAAUUGAGAUUGCAAUAAAAAUAAUGCGUUCAAACUUAACAAGUAUUAAAUAUGCAACUGACACAAAUCCAUGUGUUUUGGAGUGGUACAUUUGUAUGGAUUUGUUAAAAUCAACAACACAAUCUGAACCUAAUUAUUUUAUGAGAAUUUUUUUUUAAAGUGUACUGUGGUGGUUAAAACUGUUUUAUUCCAAGCUUAUUUUUGUGUUAGCCAUUGUAAAUUGAAUACAGUAUCUGGAUCUAAGAGGCACAAAAAUGAGAAAUUGAGUAAGAAAUUGUUCAGGGUCGAAUCAGUUUACAAUGUGAAAUGCAGCUAGUAUUUUAAAGCAACAAAAAAACACCCAAACAAAAACAAAACAAUUGGUGAGGUUUUUAAUUGAUAAAAUGUCUUAAUACAGAAAGGUAUCAUGAAAUUACCUUAACCUUUAUUGUCAUAUAUAUUUUUAAAAGUAAUUUUGAAGAUAAAGGGCCACAUUCAGAAAGACCACUUUUAGUUUCAGUGCUGACUUGAGAAAGCACAAUUAAACUAGCAUGAACUACGCCGUCGUGGCUUCUGAAUAUGGCUCUUGGGCAGUAUCCAUAAAUCACAAGGGCCCUGUCACAAAAUGAUGACUAAUUCAGUGAACUGUGGCUCUCACAAUAGACAGAUGUUGUGUGCCUAUUUAUUUUGUGAUGGAAAUAGUGGGGGUUGAACCAGUAUGUGUGUGUGCUGUUGGGGUAGUGAAAAGUGAAAUCGAGUGACUGUUACACAGAGUUCUGUUGACUGCCCAGUAUUCUCUCAGAGGCGUGGUGGAUUGUGCUUGCAAAAUUGUGACUUGUUUAUUGUUUUAUAUUAACUACCAUAUCGUUUCAGAAGGGGGGGGGGGGGGGGGGCGGCGGGAAGCAAAAAGCACACCAGAGAAAUUAUAUAUAUAUAUAUAAUCAACCCAUUUGUUUUUUAAUAUAUUGCUUUCACUCACCUUAACUUGAAAGCUACUUGUUUUUAUUUAUUUAU